GCUGUCGUCGAAUCGCCAUGGGUCUCUCCAGCAAUGUCAUGAACAUGAAGUUCAUGCAGAAGGCACAAAACAGUAAAAAGAACGACUUGCACGAACUAGAGACCAAAAAAAUUAGGGAUCUGUCUGAGUGGCUGUUGCCUAGUGGCACUGUCAAGCCUAAGAUCAAACCCGCCGUUACCGUCAGGACUGUUGGUUACGGUAGCAUAGCAUCUUUGACUGCCAAAGAAAAUGACGCCAUAUCCAACGACAACCCAAAAUCGCAAACUGCGCCUCCUUCCAACGAACCCGAAAAGACCCGGAAAGACGACGCACAGACUCUUUUGAAUGAAAUCCUAGAUAAGGCGCAGAAGGAUCAGAAGAGACUGCAGAAGCAAAGCAAGCAACUGCGCAAAAAAGCCCGGAAGCUGCUGUCGUAAUCAAGCCUGUUUCACUUCUUCUUCUUGUCUGAUUCCAAGAAAAAUCCCCCCUUGAUUAGAACGUCCCUUGUUGCUGUGUUAAUGUGCUUAAACCGGUCAGGCCCUAAGUGUGUGCCUCCGUACCACCUGCUGACGACCACCACCACAUUCCAAACAUCCAUAAU